AUGGCUGUAAACUAUGAGACCAUCAAAAGUUUUGUUGAGAAGGGAUUUGGAGUGUGUAACGCUGACAGGAAACAUGAUAUGGUUCAAGAUGAUAUGCAACCCUCUGAUUUGCCCAAGGAUUUACAAAAUCUUUUUUCCCUGCUUGAUGACAUGACCAACAAAGGGCUUUGCCAUUUUGUGGAGAUACUGACAGGUGGCUUAACUAAGUUCGACAAAACUCGUUGGAAGAUGAAACAGAUCAUUAAAGAAUGUCUUCCAAAAAAGCUGAGGAGCCAAAAUGGUAAGCACCACAUGGAUACUAUGAAACAGCUAUCUCAACUUCUCAGGGACCCGCACAAUUUCCGCCGAAAUCAUGCUAUACUACCAGCUCCAUCAUCUCAAUCUUCUCAUGUUGCUGCUAUCAAGGUACUUAAUGGACUUGAGGACUUACCUUUUAGGACCCUGAGUGCAAUGCACAGGAAGCUCAGAUGUAUUAAAGGUGAUGUGCCUCAAAUACAGCCCCGCAAAAAAUCUGGAUGGGCUAGAACCCUUUUAAUAGAUAAAGUGAGGAAAAGAUGUAUGAAGAUGCUGUCAGAACUUGGUGAAGGGGAUCAGCUACAGGAACCAUUAGCCAAAGCAAUGGCAGUUGCAGGCAUAACGUUUAAGCAAAUAUUAGAAUGUCCCUCUGUAACAGAAUUUCGAGACUUUUCACCGGAAGUGGAAGCGUUGCAGAAUGAUAUUGGAAAGGCCAUUUGGCUACUCGAAAAGUUGAGAUUUACAGAGCUGAAGAAAUUGCAGCUUUUGCUAGAUCCUAAUUCUGAAUUAUCAGGCAGGAGUUUACGGAUGGCAGUAAGGAAUCUUUUGACUGAAUACCUUUUUGAGUGCAGUGAGAUGGACACUAUACCAGAAUGCUUAGCACAAACUCUCACUUUUAUCAAUAGAAGUUCGCAAAGUUCAUCUGGGAUAUCCUGCUUAAAAGACGGAAUACAGGAAGAGUUGGAAUGUGUAUUGAGUGCGAGUGCUCAGAUAAGGCAGAUUGUUUUGGACUUGGUUCCUGAACUUGAGUUUGACCAAGAUUUUGCGGAUGCAUAUAUGGAAAAGCUAGAAGAAAGUGAUGACGGUGGUAGUUGGAAUGAGGAUAAGAAGCCAGUAGAACUCCUGCAGAGUAGUAAUUUUCAUUCCAGUGAUUCAAAUGACCAUGGAGAAAGUAUUGAAGAGACCAGUCCAACUAAUUUCAGAUCACCUGUCUCCUUAACUAAAAGAGAUGGUUCUUCCUCAGUUCUUUCACCCAACCGAGAGUUAAACAGCAAACUUGAGUCUGUGAACAUGAAUGGCACUGAUUCAGUGGAUUGCUAUGCGUCUUCCUCUUCAUGUUGGGAGACCAAAAUAGACAAUUCACAAUAUAUCGAUAAAAACCAUUCCCAAUUAGGAACUUCGGGGAAGGUUGGAUCGAUAGAUUCUCAUUCACUUGCAUUUGUAGCUAAUCGUAGUGGUUCUUUCCCAAAGAGACAAGAACCUAAAAUUGACACUGUAGAUCUCUCACAGUUCAUUUCUCCUGUAUUCUCGUGUGGUGACGUUGUGCAUAAUAAGAAAAACUUUAGUAGAAACGAAUAUCUUGCCAUUCAAGAAGCCAGUGAUGAGACUAGUAUGGUUGCCUUUCGUCUCAUCGGUCAUAUGUUGGACCAGUUUGCGAAGGUUGAUAGAUUAAAAUUAGACGGGGGUGACGUAUCUUAUCUCAGAUCCAAUGAUUCAAACCGAAGAAACAUCCAAGGCGUCUAUAUUGAACUUGCCUUGCAUGAGGAGUUUGGAGCUACUAAAUGCAGUCCUCACUUCGCCUUGAUGCCUAGGCAAGCACCUAAAAGUUUCAAGCAACAUUGA